AUGGCCACAACCUCUCUUCCUCCGUCAGCUCUGGGUCCUAAUGGAAACAACAAUCCUAGCGGACUGAGCUUGACCAGACCGGCCUUGAAUCCAGGAGGAGGCGUCGACCCAAUGGUCCUUGAAGAUGCGAUGAACAAGCUUGAUUCACUACGUCUGACUCGGUCUCCAUCUUCCACAUCAGGUCAUUCCCAGGUCACUUCGGGGGCUUCGUCACCCAGUGGAACGACCGGUAAAGCUGGUUUAUUGGAGAGAUUUGGCGGAGGAGACGCAAAAUCUGGCAUCCCCGGUAGUUCAGAGACUGUAGCGGCGACAUUGGGGAGGAGUAUACCUGGCACACCUCAUUUUGGAGCACAAACAGAGCUGCUCAAGACUUUGGAUGAAAGUACGAAGGUUAUCAGGCAGAAUGCCAACAUUCCAUCGAGAGCGUCCUCGGUGUCGGGCAUUGGGGCAGUCGUGGAGAAGCCGGACUAUUCAGAGGCCAAGAUCGUGGUUGCAAUGGUCGGACUGCCUGCCAGAGGCAAAUCAUACCUCAGCAACAAGCUCAUGAGAUAUCUGAGAUGGCUUGAAUACAACGUCGAAGUGUUCAAUGUUGGUCAAUUGCGGAGAUCGAAAGCCAGAGCAGCGGCUCAAUCUGGAGGGGAUAAAGCCGAUCAUACUGCUGUCUUCUUCAAUCAUUCUAACGAAGAGGGGAACAAGGCCAGGACACAGCUCGCAUCUGAGAGUUUGGAAGCGCUGAUCGCAUGGCUCAAGGCAGAGGGCAAUGUCGGUAUCAUGGAUGCCACGAAUAGCACAUUUGAGCGGAGGGCCUUGAUUAAGAAUCGACUUGCUCGCGAACCCAAGCUCCAGCUAUUGUUCGUCGAAUCUUUGUGCAACGAUCCAGCUGUCAUCGCGACGAAUAUCGCUUUGAAAGUCCAAUCGGGGGAUCCAGACUACGCCAACAUGUCUCGCGAGGAGGCUGAAAGAGAUUUCAGAUGGCGUAUAGAGGAAUACGAGCGGGUCUAUCAAUCGAUCAACGAGCCGGAUGUCAGCUUCUGCCGGAUACUCAACGUCGGUUCUCAAGUCACUAUCAAUCGGAUCGAAGGUUACCUUCAGAGUCGAAUUGCAUUUUACCUUAUGAAUCUCCAUCUCAAGCCGCGAAGCAUUUACCUGUCACGUCACGGAGAAAGCAUGUACAACGUCGACGGGAAGAUUGGAGGUGAUUCAGAUCUGUCUGAACGAGGCUGGGAAUACGCAAGAGCACUACCAGACCUGGUGAAGAAGAAUAUUGGUGACCUGCCACUAGAGGUCUGGACGUCAACACUCCAAAGAACAAUCCAAACCGGAUCUUUCUUGCCGUUCGAGAAGAAGACUUGGAAGUCGUUGGACGAAUUGGACGCAGGUGUCUGCGAUGGCAUGACUUACGAGGAGAUUGAAGCCAUGUACCCUGAAGACUACGAGGCUAGAGAUGACGACAAGUUCAAUUAUCGAUAUCGCGGUGGAGAAUCCUACCGAGACGUCGUUGUCCGACUCGAACCAGUCAUCAUGGAGCUUGAGCGACAGGAGAAUAUUCUGAUCAUUGCGCAUCAGGCCAUUCUAAGAUGCUUGUAUGCCUACUUUUUGGCUCUGCCACAGGAGGAGCUGCCGUACAUCAAGGCGAAUCCCCAGAUCCCACUGCACACGUUGAUCAAAAUUACACCUAUGGCAUAUGGAUGUCAUGAAGAACGAUACCCUCUACCGAUCGCAGCGGUCGACACCCAUCGACCGAAACCCAACUCCGGCCACCGCAAGAACUCCAUACCUUCUGGCGGAUCCUCUGUCAUGGGUCACGGCUCAGAUAAUCUCGAAGCGAUCUCGCGCGCUACGGCGAACACUGCACGUGACUAUUACGGCGACCUCUCAAGCCAUCCAAUGACGAAUCAAGGGAGCGCAAGCAAGUUGGGAGAAUUGACGACCUCGCCCAAACAUGGCUCAGCCGAGGCGGUGGAGGCUGUCAGAAGGGCGUUGGAAAAAGAUCAAGAUCAGGGCAAGUUGAGCCCGAAAGUUGCUGUUGGAUCCUUCAGGGGCCAGCAAUGA